CAAGAGCCGAGACUAGCUGCCGAUGACGAGGCCUUUUGCUUGGCUUUCCUCCGCAAUUAAGUAACGACAAUACAUAUGAUAAAACAACCGGUAAAAUUGCCGGAAACAUUAUAUUCAAACCCUAGUCCAAGGAUGGAUUACCGAAUAUGGAUUUACUGGUGUUUUUUGGAUAGCAUACCAGAAUGCCCACUGACUGCCCACUGACUGCGUGUCAUCCACAUGGAUAGAUUGAUAAAGGUCGUCUUGACUUCCAAAUAUCGACUCUACUGCUUUCCAUUCAGCACCUCAUUGAGCAGAAAAAAGUAAAUAUCUGGCAUCAAGUCAAAAAUGGCUCCUUCCAUAGAAACUCUUCCUGCCACUUCUCCUCCAUUCUACAGCACCAGCUGCUCCGAAUUGAAAACCGUUAACGGGAAAGCUCAACACGUCGAAGAUGUCAAGACAGUAUCUCCCGAACAUUUCGAUGCUCAUUCUGUUCCCUUCAACAAUCAAUAUGCCCUUACUCCACGAAAACUUCGAAUAAUCACUAUUGGAGCAGGCUUUUCGGGACUUUUGAUUGCACACAAAUUCCAACAUCGUUUUCCAGAGCUACAGGAUUUUGUGGAUCAUACAAUCUUUGAAGCGAGAGGUGAUUUGGGGGGAACUUGGUUAGUUAAUACUUAUCCUGGUGUGCAGUGUGAUGUGCCCGCUCAUAUCUAUGCAUUCCCAUUUGACCCUAAUCCCGACUGGCCUCGAUUUUAUUCGAGUGGAGCAUCAAUUCAGGAUUAUAUAAAACGGACUUCUAAAAAAUGGAAUCUUGAUCGGGACGUGCAACUGAACACGAAGGUUGUUAGCGCUUGCUGGCAAGAGCAUGAUGGGAAAUGGAAAGUCACCGUCGAGCAUGGCGGCAACCAACGCGACGAGUUUUGCGAUAUCCUGAUUUCUGGACAGGGAAAUUUAGUUAACCCAUCGUGGCCGAAAAUACCUGGUUUGCAAGACUUCAAGGGCCAUUUGACCCAUUCAGCGAGAUGGGAUCAUGGCUUCGACUAUUCAAACAAACGCAUCGCGGUUAUUGGGAAUGGAUCUUCCGGUAUUCAGAUAGUACCACAGAUGGCAAAACUGGCUGGGACAACAGUGCGCAAUUUUAUUAGAGGUCCGGCAUGGGUUUAUUACCGUGUUCCAGCCUCCAAGCAUCUUGGACGAGACACUGACGACACAAACCCGGCUUAUUUCGACGUGGAGAAAGAGGAAUUUCACGAUCCGGUGCAGCAUAGGGAGUAUCGGAAGGGUAUUAUUAAUCGCACCAACAAAGCGUUCCGUCUGUUUAUCAAAGGCGAAUACAACCAACAGACAGUCCGGCUGGCAUCAGAACAAAUGGCUGAAAAACUCAACCAUGACCCGACUCUUUGCGAACAACUUAUUCCAAAGUGGGAGAUUGGUUGUCGUCGUGUGACUCCAGGGCCUGGCUACCUGGAAUCUUUCUCGAAGCCGAAUUGCAGUCUGACGUCGAGCCCGAUUACGAAACUCACUAAGAAGGGGGUUCUCACAGCGGAUGGACAGGAGUUUGAGUGUGAUGUUGUUGUUUGUGCAACUGGGUUCGACGUCUCAAAAUGUCCACAAUACCCUCUCAUUGGCCAAAAUGGUGUCAACCUAGCAGACAAAUGGCGUCAGGAACCGACCUCUUAUCUAUCCGUCGGCACAGACGAGUUUCCAAAUUACUUCCUCAUGGCUGGCCCCAAUUGUCUCUGCGGCCACGGCUCCCUCGUCGAAGCCCUCAACUGGACCGGAGACUACUUCGUCAAAAUGAUCAAAAAGAUAGCCACCGAAGACAUCAAAUACAUGGUUCCUAAACUAUCGUCCGUUGACGCAUUCGCCAAAUAUCAGACUGAGAUACACAAGUCUCUAGUUUGGACCGGGUCUUGUAGUAGUUGGUACAAGAGAGGGACGGUUGACGGGAAGGUUACUCAUUUGUUUGCUGGUAGUGCAAUUCUGUUCAAAAAGUUGCUUGGUGAAGUACGUUCAGAGCAUUAUGAUAUUGUUUAUAACACGGGUAAUCCGUUUAGAUUCAUGGGCAAUGGAUUUACAGAGUGGGAAAUGAAGGAGGAUGCGGAUUUGGCGUGGUAUGUCGAGGUUGCGAACGAGUCGCCGAAGGCGUAUAUGGGGAAUGAUAAGAGCUGGAUCGUGAAAUAG